CUCCGCACUGGACUAAAACCCUUCAUAUCCCCAUAUAUUCAGGAUGCCCAAGAAAAAGACAAACGCUUCAUUGUCUCAACUCUUGCUCAAGUUUCUGGAAACGGAUCCAAGGCCUACGCUCAUCGCUUCACUCGAGGGCCCAGAACCUUUGUGGGAGAAUGAAGCCUAUCGGACGCUACGCACACGGGCGGGCCCUGAGAACUCCGUGGACGGCCUACUGAACGAGUUGUUUGUACGGGAGAGUGGGACGUUCGAUGAUGGAUUCUGGAGGUUCGAGUCUAUGGAUAUUGGGGUGGAGGAUGUUAGGGCUAUUGUCGCCACUCGCAUCCCUGGCCCGCCUGGCAUCGAUCUUCCCGACCGGGAGGAUCCUCGGCCGAGCACUUUUGAUGAUUUUCAGGAUAAUGUAGGGGUUCAGGUGGAGGUGCAGCCUCGGGGGUAUGGGGCCGGCGGACAUGAUGAGAUGCUUGUGAAUGGAGACUUUGGGAUUAUGGGGGGCCUACACGAGGAACUUGUUGAUACCGGAAGUGAUUGCCUGCCUGUCGACUCUGGGGAUGGCGAGGAGGAAGAGGGGGUAGUGGGCCGGGAGGGGGAUUUCGAAGUUGGUGGCACGGUUCUCGAGGCUGGUGAUUCUGAUGGGGACAAACUGUUAUCUGUUCCAGUCUUUGCUGUGUCCGAGGCUGGGCUAGCCUGCAGUAAACUAUACCCGCGACUUACUGGGCCAUCGAUGGAUUGGAUCAGAAACCCCUUGUACAGGAACUCUACUCGACACCUCCGCAACCUCGGGAACGUCAAGUGGUCUACUACGUCUUGUGGCCCCCUCGACGGGUGGUCAAGCUCUCUGCGCACAUGGGCAAACUCGAUAAUGGCCAUGCCUUACCCUACCUCGAUAUACUGGGGCCCGUCAUAUAUGAUCUUGUAUAAUGAUCAAUGGGUUAAGAUAGCGCAGAGCAAGGAUCCUCGGAUUCUUGGGAAGGGAUUUGCCCAGGGAUGGUCGGAGCUCCAGAGCUAUUUCAUGCCACUACUUGAUGGGGCAUUCCGUCACGGGAGAUCUAUCGUCAAGCGGGCGGAACAAUUAUUUCUCAACCGCGGUGAUUGGGUUGAAGAAUGCUACUUUGAUUUCACAAUAUCGGCAAUAAUUGGCGAUUCCGGUGCACCCGAGGGUGUUCUGGAACAAGCGUUUGAGCUCAGUCGACACAUUAUAUCAAUUAGGAGGAUGCAGACGCUGCGAAAGAUGGGGGCGCUAAUGGCUUCCGUAAGGGAUCUGAAUGGAGACAACUUUUGGGGAAGGGCAUUAGAGGCUUUCAGCGACAACCCUCUCGACUCUCCCUUUAUGCUCAUCUAUCGUACACUGGUGGAUGAGGAUUCCUGGGCCAGUGGCGAGAAUGAAUACUGCGUGCUUGAAGGGAACGUCGGUUUUCCCGAAGGUGGGAUUUUGGCACCCAACAUGUGUGAUCUCAAGGAGCGGUCUUGCUAUUUUGCCAACGAAAUGGUUCAAGCGCGGGAAAAUAACGCGGCCGUGAUCAAGUAUAUGGACAAUUUACCCAAGAGUGAAACUAUUAUGUGCCGGGGGUUUGAUGAACCGCCCACCCGCGCUGCCGUUAUACCCAUCCAGACAACGGGUUCAAUCACUCAAGGUUUCCUCAUACUCGGGUUGAAUCCGCGGAGGCCUGUUGAUGCAGAUUGUCGACUCUGGAUAGAAUUACUGAUGAAGGAGCUAUCUACGACAACGGGGAGAGUAAGGCUUUUAAGGGCAGAAGUCCCUAUGGCUGUGGACCAAGAGACUGAAAGGGCAACUCGCGCUCAAGCCGCAGAGUUGCAGAAACUGUUGAAGAAGCGGACUGAGGAGCUCGGAAAGAGUGAGCUACUUUUCACGCGCACAGCUGAAACGAUACCAGUGGGGUUGGCGAUAUUACAUAUUGAUGGGAAAAUCCGGUUUGAGAAUGAGGCGUAUCGAAAUUUGAUGGGGUUUCCAGUAGAGCAUGAAAGAGAUACAUGGCGGGAGAUGGUCUAUAAAGGAGACGCGGAACGGGUCUCCAGGUCUUUCGACAACGCAGUUGCAACGAGGUCGAAUAUGAAGCUUGAGUGCAGGUUGGGUAACGACCCUUUGCGGUCUCCGGGGUGGAAGUAUUGGGUUUCUUGUUCUGUUGUUGUGCAGACCGUAGAGGCGCCGGCCUCCAAAGGUGAAGAGGUUACAGGGUACAUCUUAACAUUGGUUGACAUUACUAGUGUCAAACUUAACGAGGAGUAUCAGCGGCAGCUAUCUACACAAGCUGUUGAGCGGCGACGUCAGCAGGAAAACUUUAUUGACAUAUUCAGUCAUGAACUUCGAAAUCCGUUCUCGGCAACGUUGCAGUGCGCAGACGGGAUAUUGAGUGCAUUGAUUGCAUAUCAAAAAGGGGAGGAUAGUAAUUUGGAUCUGGAGGAGAUGAUUGAUUCAGCGUCCACAAUUUUGGUUUGCGUGCAGCAUCAGAUGCGGAUCAUAGAUGACGUUCUUACCCUUAGUAAGCUAGACUCGAUGCUUCUGAGUGUCGUGCCUGUAGUUGUACAGAUUCAUGCGGUUAUAUCCCAAUUGAUGAAGAUCUUCCAGUCUGAAUUGCACGUGAAGGGCAUCACUUCUGAGUUUAUCCUCGAGGAAUCUUACAAGGAGCUGAGUGUUGAUUGGGUUAAGGCUGAUCCAGCACGGUUCUCGCAGAUUUUGGUAGGUCUUUCGGCUAUCAAAUUCACCUCCCAGCAAGCUGGAAAACGGGAGGUUACUAUCAAGCUAGGAGCGACCUUGGAGAGGCCGACAGCUCAUGGCGAAGUCAUGUACCGGGAGUCCGAGGAUCGCCUUCCACAAGACAUGGCCCAGGAAUGGGGAACCGGUGACCCUAUAUUCAUCCUGGUCACUGUUCAGGUAUUUCAUUCACAUUUACCAUGCCUUCAAAUCUUUGACAUUGUACAGGAUAGCGGUAUUGGAAUUAGCGCAGAGUGGCAAACGAAACUUUUCAAGCGUUUUGAACAGGUUCCCCGUACGCACGUUACGUAUGGUGGUUCGGGCCUGGGUUUGUUCAUCUGCCGUCGGCUCUGUCGUAUCCAGGGUGGAGAGAUCGGUGUGUAUUCUGAAGAGGGCAAAGGUAGCUCCUUCUCUUUCUACAUAAAAGCCCGCCAGUCCAGUACCGCACCUUCACCUGGUUCGAAUAUAGCUCCCGUGGAAUACCCUGAACUGCCAAAGCCAGAGUUGAUAACAACGAAGGACUACCCACCACCGAAGGCAACGGAAGGGGUUCAGAAAAGGCAGCAGAUCAGUUAUGGGGUCUUGAUUGUAGAGGAUAAUCUGAUUAAUCAGGAGGUUCUGAGGAGGCAAUUGCGGAAUCAAGGAUGUGUGACAUAUGUGGCAGGUAAUGGGCAGGAGGCGUUGGAUUUUAUUAUCAAGAGUGAAUUCGUGAAGGACGGAGCGACUAAGAUUGACGUUAUCUUGAUGGACAUGGAGAUGCCCGUGAUGGAUGGAAAUACAGCGACAGUGAAGAUCAGGGAGCUGGAAAGAUCUGGCAAGAUCAGACGGCACGUUCCAAUAAUGGGCAUUAGCGCCAACGCCCGUCCGGAGCAAGUAGCGAGGAUGACUGAAGUGGGAAUGGACGAUGCCAUAUCAAAGCCAUUCCGGAUCGCGGAUCUCCUAAGUCGAUUCGAUACGUUGCUGAAAAAGUUGAGUACAAGUUCCGGUUCGUCGUAA